GGCGGUGCGGCCGCGGCGUCGGAGAGAAGGAGGGGUGGGGCGCGGAGGGAGUGAGUCACCUGAUCGCUGCCCGCGCGGCCCGUCGGGCUCGCUCGCCGCCGUCAGUCGGGCCGCACCGCGUCUCGGCUGUGGUUGACGACCGUCAGAAGCAUGCUCUCUCGGACCCUCCCGACGCAGCCCCGGACGCAGAAUGUGGCUGGGUGAGAACGCGGUGUUCGCCUACGAGUCGUCGGUGCACGGCGCGCACGUGCUGCGCUGCCUGGACGAGCAGCGGCGGAAGGACGAGCUGUGCGACGUGACGGUGCUGGUGGAAGGCCGGCCCUUCCGCGCGCACCGCGCCGUGCUGGCCGCCUGCAGCGCCUACUUCCACGCCCGGCUCGCCGGCCCGGCCGGCUCGGAGCCGCGCAUCACGCUGCCCGGAGAGGUGACAGUUAAAGGAUUUGAACCUUUAAUUCAGUUUGCCUACACCGCUAAACUGAUACUCAGUAAGGACAAUGUGGAUGAGGUGUACAAGUGUGUGGAAUUUUUAGGCGUACCUGAUAUUGAGGAAUCCUGCUUUCAGUUUCUCAAAUACAAGUUUCUGGACUCCACUGCAGACACGCAGGAAUGCCCCAGAAAAAAAUGCUUCUCCUCGCCUUGCCAGAAACCAGAUUUUAAGUUUUCGCUUUUGGACCAGAAGGAUUUAGAAAUCGAUGAGGUGGAGGAAUUUCUGGACAACAAAAAUGUCCAAACCCCUCACUGUAAACUGCGUAGGUAUCAAGGCAGUGCAAAAGCAACUCCUCCUGUGCAGGACAGUGCCAGCCAAACAUGUGAAUCCAUGUGCUUAGAAAAGGACGCUGCCCUGGCUCUGCCGUCUUUAUGCCCCAAAUACCGAAAAUUCCAGAAAGCGUUUGGGACUGACAGAGUCCGAACCGUGGAAUCCAGCGUCAAAGACAUUCAGGCCGCUUCUGUUCAGCCUCAUGAGCCGUCAGAAAAUGAGUGUCUAGGAGGAAUCCAGGACUGUGCAGACUUGCAGGUGAUUUUAAAAUGUGAAGAAAGAAAAUCAGCAAUGGAACAUGAAGAAGCCAAGAAGAAAGAUCCCGCUUCCCAGGGCUCAUCCGGAAAAACAGAAGCAACUCCCUGCCCCCCCAGUUCUGCAGACCCCCACGGGCUCUACUCCCUGUCUCUCUUACACACGUACGACCAGUACGGUGACUUGAAUUUUGCUGGCAUGCAGAACACGACAGUGUUGAUGGAAAAGCCUUCGUCGGGUUGUGAUGUGCGAGAAGAGAAGGCUUUCAGUGAGAGUCCAGACGUGAAGUCAGACCCCGGCCCCAGGAAGGAGAGUGGCCUUGCCGCCAGUGACCUGAGCAGCGUGGAGCGAGAGGUGGCCGAGCACCUCGCGAAGGGCUUCUGGAGUGACAUCUGCAGCGCCGACUCUCCCUGCCAAAUGCAGUUGUCCCCUGCCGUGGCCAAAGAUGGCCCAGAGCACAGCUACCCCCAGAAGCGGUCUGAGUGUCCCUGGUUAGGCAUCAGGAUCAGUGAGAGCCCGGAGCCGGGCCAGAGGACUUUCACAACCUUGAGUUCUGUCAGUUGCCCUUUCAUAAGCACUCUGAGUACCGAGGGCUGUUCCAGCAGCCUGGAGAUCGGAACCGAUGACUACGUUUCAGAGCCGCAGCAGGAGCCUUGUCCCUACGCUUGUGUGAUCAGCUUGGGCGACGACUCGGAGACGGAUACCGAAGGGGACAGUGAGCCCUGUUCAGCCAGAGAACAAGAGUGUGAGGUAAAAUUGCCAUUUAAUGCACAACGAAUAAUUUCACUCUCUCGAAAUGAUUUUCAAUCUUUGUUGAAAAUGCACAAGCUGACUCCAGAACAGCUAGAUUGCAUCCAUGAUAUUCGGAGAAGAAGUAAAAACAGGAUUGCCGCACAGCGCUGUCGCAAGAGAAAGCUUGACUGUAUACAGAACCUGGAGUCAGAAAUUGAGAAGCUGCAAAAUGAAAAGGAGAGCUUGUUGAAGGAGAGGGAUCACAUUUUGUCCACUCUGGGCGAGACCAAGCAGAACCUGACAGGGCUCUGCCAGCAAGUUUGUAAAGAAGCGGCGCUGAGUCAAGAACAGAUACAGAUCCUCGCCAAGUACUCAGCUUCCGACUGCCCGCUCUCCCUGUUAAUUUCCGAGAAAGGCAAGAGCACGCCUGACGGUGAGCUCAUGUUACCCUCCAUCCUGAGUCUGUCUGAAAGGCCUGCGGCUGGACCGCCUGCCGGAGAGCCCAGCCCGUGUUGCCCCCGCACCAGGGGCGGCGAGGCGGGCGGUGUGCGGGGCCAGGAGUCCCAGCCGGCCGCCAGCACCCCCUCGGAGCCGAGCCCGGGGCCCCGGGAGCCCUGUCGCCAGAGUGGGGGCAUCUCGGACUUCUGUCAGCAGAUGACUGACAAGUGUACUACUGAUGAGUAAACGCACCUCUGCCUCCUUCAAACCGGCUCCUUCCCACUGACGUUUUGACAUUGUCUUAAAAGCCUGAUACGGCCACCCGUCUCUUGACAGUAUGGUUUGUCGCCCCUCUUACUUUGCUGUUAAGGGAAUUUCUUUGACAUCAGCCUUUGACUUUUCCUUCAUUUCCACAAGAGAGGCAGAAAUGAUCUGCCACCUGGAUGCUGAAAGUUCCCAUGUGGAAACGCAGUAAGGCUUUGAAAGAAAGAAAGAAAGUGAAGUCGCUCAGUCAUGUCUGACUCUUUGUGACCCCAUGGACUGUAGCAUAUACCAGGCUCCUCUGUCCAUGGGAUUUUCCAGGCAAGGGUACUGACAACUCCUCAGUUUUAAAGAAUAACAGCUGUUAGCAAUGAUUCUUUCCAGUAUUCAAAGUAAAUCAGAAAAUGAAAAACUGUAGCAUAUCAAACAACAGUUACAGGUUGAAACCUCUGCAGACACAUCCUACUCUAAAGAAGUAGCCUGCAAAAGAUUAAUCAUCUGGCCUUCUUACAACAUUACUGGUUUAAAAGAAAAUUUUCCUCCAAGUAAUGCUGACAGAGUUACAUGCUACUGAAAAGUAAGGUGUCACCUCCUCGGGCAUACUGGUGUAGGCCUGAAGUGGGAACACGUAAAGAGACUGUCUCACCUGAACCUUGGCAUGUUGCCCUUUCAGCUCUUGCUGAAAGUGGAGACUGGUUGGCCUGCAGCUGUGAUCCUGGGCUACGUUGGAAACAGUUAGCAACCCCAGGCAGGAGGCUGGCCUCUGGCCGAGGCUCCUGAUCUCCUCGGUGUCGACUUGAAGAGUUCUGGCUGCAGCAGCAGUAGAUGAGUGUCAUUUCCCUCUUUUCCUCUUCGUCUCUUCUACAUCUGGGUCCAGCAUGAUCUUUCUGUUUUCUCACAUUCUCGUCCCUUUGGAAGAAGAAAUAAAACUCAGGACACAGUGGCGUGAGCUCCUGCGAUGGCAGCCUUGUCUUCGCCUCCCUGGAAUCCUGGAGUGCUCACCUGGGGGCCUGCCCGCCGGAGGCCACUCGUACAAGGGAGAAAGGUGGCCUGCGUUUAUCAGGAGUGGCAGUUCAUUUCCCAUCCUGUCUCUGAAGUUCUGUGGUUUCUUUGUAAAAAGCAUUAUGAUAGAUCAAAAUGUGUCUACAACAACCAUGCAGAUUUGUGAGAUAGGCUAAAAACAUGAUUUUGUUCCAUUGUGGGUUUGAAUUCGGAAGCCAAAUUUAGUCUUGCUCUCCUCCCCAAAUCUAGCGCGUAAGGGCACGCCCAUCAUUUGGGGCUUGGGCAUUUUAAAAUCAGCCUUUGUGUUUAUUCAGUCCUGUUUUAAGAUAGUUUUCUAAUAAUCUGAACCCUUGCCCCAUGCUAUUAUGCAGUGGUUGUUAGCCAUUCUGCUGUUACAGGCUUGCUUGGGAGUCUAACGAAAGCUGUGGACCUGUCAGUGAUGAAAGCAGCAUUGAGUAUUUGCAUUCAGAGAAAUGUUUGCAGAAUCCAGUUUGAAAGGGUACAGAAAGUAAUUUUUAGCAUCUGGAUUGGAAAGUACUUCAUUUCACUGAGAUUAGACACCUGACUUGUGUAGCUUGCAUCUUGAGUCUGGCAAAGGGCUUGUGUAGUUAACAUGUAGGACUGGGUCUGAAGCCAGUAGGCCUGUGAGGCGACGUGGGGACCAGGCUUCCCGUUUCAGAGUAAUUUGUCAAACGUUACCCUUUUUCAUGGGGGCAGGUGUUGGCGGGAGCUAUUGCCACUAUCUUUUCAGUGGUUUGUAUGUUAUUUCUAUUAUCAACUUAGCUGUUGUAGGAGAAAACUAGUUGGACUUGUUUAUUUUCUAGAGGCUUUUAUAAGUACACCUAAGAAUUUGUCAGGGAGAAUAUAAUUCUAUGAUAAUGAAUCCCAUACUACAAAACAGUGAUCAGUGAUGUGUGUGUGUGUGUGUGUGUGUGUGUGUGUAUGUGUAUACCCCCAUCUAGCUAUUUCUUUGAUACUUGUAAUUUUAAAUUCAAAAUAUAAAAUAAUAUAAAACCUUUCCUGGUUUACAGCGUGUAGACUCUUACCCAAGCCGACGGGCUCCUUCAUUUCCUACCUCAGUAUGCGCUCAGCUGUUGUUGGCUCCAGUCUGUGUGUGCAGAUGUCAGUCCUGUACUUUAAUUGCUACUGUAAAUAGCUGCUCUGAAAGAUUACUUCCUAUUUUAUGAUGAAACCUAGCUGUCUCCAGAGUUUAAAUACAAUUUUUAAGGCACUUGGAUUAAAUUUCUCGCUACAUGUAAACAGUUUAGCAUUAAGGUUUAUUUUAAUGAUAUUCUAAUUAUUGGCCAAGUGUAUUAUUUCAUAAAAUAGAGCAUUACUUUUAAUAACCAGCAUGUAAUACAAGUAACUACACUACCUCAUACCUACAUGAUUUUCAAGUUGUAAUCCAGAGGGACAGAGAGAUAAAAAUUUUUUUAUCUUUGUCUUUUGGCCAUAAAGUGGGGAAGUUUUUUAUAUAUUGCAUAGCAUUACGCAUUUAUGCCUAUUUUAACAUUAACUUCUAAAGAAGUUUUUUCUAAGAAAAUUUGUUUUAAAUUGAUUUUUUUUUUUGAUGCUGCCGAAGACAAGUGACAGGAUUAUGUGUAUACAGUGUAUAUCUUUUCCUUCAUGCAGAAUUUUUCAAAGGUGAUUUUCAGUUUGUAUAUGGUGUAUUUACAUGAUCAUGGUUCCUUAUUUUAUGAGUUAGCCUUCUCACUGCUUGAUGAUUUUUAAAAGCUGUUAGGUCUAACUCAGUAAAAUAACCAUACCUUAAAGUGUUUCUCAUUAUUUGAAUCCUGCAGCUGUAGCAGAUAAUAUGUUAAAUUGUUAUAUUCAGAACAAACAUGGAUAUAAAUCUAAGUACUCCAUCUGUACAUCUUAUAAUUUACUAUAGCUUAACGCUUAACUAAUUUAAGGAAUCAAAUAUAUUUGACACAGUAGACGAUACAGGUUGCAGGUGGACACUCAGCCACAUUAACAACUUGGAGAAAAAAAUAUCAAAAAAUGGCAAUGUUAUAAUAAAUUCUCAGGUGAACUUUUUUUCAGUUAUGAAACAUCUAUUUUGAAUUUGUAAAUAUUUUAACUGUUUUAUUAAAGCAUGUAAUAAACUAUUCUUUGAAACCUGUUGGGCAGAAUGAAAAUUUAAAGCCAUAAUGGCAAAAGAUGGCAUACUGAUUGUAAAAUAAACAGAAAUAAUAACAGCUAUUGAUCUUUUUUGUAUCUUUCAUAAUAUAAUUUUCUAACAAUGCAAUAAAACCACUAAAUUUAUAUAUCCAUAUCCUAUCAAGAUCAUGUUUCAUUAAAGGUGAACUUUCAUAGUAUUUAAUUUACAUUUUCUUCCUAAUGUGCUUAUCCAAAUGUAGCGAAACUCGAAAUGUUAGAUGUUGGUAAUAAAAUGACAGUUCAAUAAAAGUCUCGAAAACUGCC